AGAUUUGGGUAUCCCUGCCUCCGUGGUAGAAGUCCUGGCAGCUCCAGCUCCAAGCGCAUUAGCUCGACCUAAUUCCUUCUUCAACUGUUGUGUACUUGUGUGGGUGUCUCUCUCCCUCUGCCCGAGAUGUUGUCUCUGAGCUGCAGCUGCCCAGGGGUGUCGUCCAUGAGCAAGACGGCGCUCGAUUGGGGGCACCUGGUGGCCUCCUGCCGCAGCCGCUGGCACGGCGCGCGGGCGCCGCCCAGACGGCGGCGCACGCCAUGUGUUUGCUUGGUUGCCUUACCGACCACUACCCAGCCUGGCCCUGCUGCUGUUGAUGUGCCCUCACGGACGGUUCCUGCUGUCACAACAUCAAGCGCCCCUGAACGCAUUUCUGUUUCUGCGCUGCUCGAGGUUGUCUCAGACGACUUGCUCAACCUCAACAACAAUCUCAAAUCGCUUGUUGGUGCAGAAAAUCCAGUUUUAGUUUCUGCAGCAGAACAAAUUUUCAGUGCUGGUGGAAAGAGGUUAAGACCAGCAUUAGUUUUUCUGGUAUCGAGAGCAACUGCUGAAUUAGCUGCUUUGCCGGAGCUAACUACAGAACAUCGGCGCUUGGCUGAGAUCAUAGAGAUGAUUCAUACUGCAAGUCUAAUACAUGAUGAUGUCAUAGACGAUAGCGGGAUGCGAAGAGGGAAAGAAACAAUCCACCAGCUGUACGGCACACGGGUGGCUGUGCUCGCUGGCGAUUUUAUGUUCGCGCAGUCUUCUUGGUUCCUAGCAAACCUAGAAAACAUUGAAGUCAUCAAGCUCAUCAGCCAGGUAAUUAAGGAUUUCGCGAGCGGCGAGAUAAAGCAAGCGUCGACGCUUUUCGACUGCGACGUGACCCUGGACGACUAUCUGCUGAAGAGCUACUACAAGACGGCCUCCCUGAUCGCGGCGAGCACGAGGUCCGCGGCCAUCUUCAGCGGCGUGGGCAGCGGCGUGUGCGAGCAGAUGUACGAGUACGGGCGGAACCUGGGUCUGGCGUUCCAGGUGGUGGACGACAUCCUGGACCUGACGCAGUCGGCGGAGCAGCUCGGGAAGCCGGCGGCGGGGAGCGACCUUGCCAAGGGCAACCUGACGGCGCCCGUGAUCCUGGCGCUGCGGGAGGAGCCCCGGCUGCGGGGCAUCAUCGAGUCCGAGUUCUGCGAGCCCGGGUCCCUGGCGGCCGCGGUGGAGCUCGUGCACAGGGGCGGCGGGAUCCGGAGCGCGCGGGAGCUCGCGGAGGAGAAAGGCGGCCUGGCGUUGCGCAGCCUGCAGUGCCUCCCGAGGAGCGAGUUCCGGAGCGCCCUCGAGCGGGUGGUGCACUACAAUCUCCAGCGGGUUCGGUAGAGGAAGGUGCUGUGCUUCCAUGUGGCAGUGGCAUGGCAGUGCGUGUUGUUUAGUGUAACCGACACUGCCGCGUGCCCACCAACCUCGUGGAGCAUGCAUCUGUAAG